GGCUAUUUGGUGAGAGAAAACCAAAAAUCCGAGUGAAGACACAAGAGUGACGAGUGUGAGAUAUAGAGAGAGAAACAACUUUACAAAAAAAAAAAGAACACCCCUUUACUUUACUUUACUUUUCUCUCUCUAAAAACCACCAAACCCCACCCCCCUACCAACUCCCACGCUACCUCAUACUCGAUCAAAACCAUUUUCCAUAGCUUCUUUCACACAUACACACACUACUUUCACAAACAGACACUCUUCUUCUUCACUUCUGUUCAUACAUAUUUUAUUUUAUAUAUAUAUAUAUAUAUAUACGUAUAGUCGUAGAUAGAUAUAUAUAUUUAUAGGUUUGUGUACAGAGAGAAAGGAGGAGGAAAAUGGAGAGGUACAGUGGGACCCAAGCAAUGGAGGGUGCACCGGUGGAUCCGGUGUCUGAAUGGAAUGUUCCCGGCGGAGAGACGGGGCUUGAAGAACCUAUGUGGCAGUUAUCACUUGGUACUGGACCAGAACCCUACCCUGAACGGGCAAACGAGCCCGAUUGUAUCUAUUACUUGCGUACGGGCUUCUGUGGUUACGGUGCGAGGUGUCGGUUCAAUCAUCCACGGGACCGUACUUCGGUUUUGGGAGCGAUGAGAGCUACUGGAGGAGAAUACCCAGAAAGAGUGGGUCAACCUGUUUGUCAGUACUAUAUGAGGACAGGAAUGUGUAAGUUUGGUGCUUCAUGCAAAUAUCAUCAUCCAAGACAGGGAGGUGGAUCUCCAGCACCGGUGACGAUUAACGUUUACGGAUACCCGCUGCGUCCGGGGGAAAAGGAAUGUUCGUAUUAUGUGAAAACUGGCCAGUGUAAAUUUGGCGUCACUUGUAAAUUUAAUCAUCCACAGCCUGCUGGAGCACAAGUGCCAGCACCAGCAGCUGGACCUGGACCUCGAACUGUGCCAUCAGCUGUUCCUGCACCGCACAUUUAUCCACCGGUGCAGUCUCCUUCUGUUCAAUCAGCUCAACAAUACGGGGUAGUUUCUGGCAACUGGCCAGUUGCAAGGCCUAUACUUCCUGGUUCAUAUAUCCCUGGGACUUAUGGUUCUGUGCUUCUUCCCCCGGGGAUGGUUCCUCUACCAGGUUGGACUCCUUAUCCGGCCCCUGUGAAUCCGGUUCCCUCCCCAAGUACUCAACUUGCUGCAGCAGCAGGCCCCAUGUAUGGGCUUUCUCAACUAUCUCCUUCAGCGCCUGCGUACACAGGACCAUAUUUAUCUGUUCCGUCUUCCGCCGGUCCUUCAAGCAGCAGUCAGAAAGAGCAUGCAUUUCCAGAAAGGCCUGGACUUCAAGAAUGCCAGUACUACAUGAAGUACGGGGACUGUAAAUAUGGAUCUUCUUGUAGAUACCAUCAUCCACCUGAAUGGAGUGGACCUAAAACAAGUUUUAUCCUCAGUGCGAUGGGCCUCCCUCUUCGUCCGGGUGCACCAAUUUGCUCUCACUUUGCACAAAAUGGAGUCUGCAAGUUUGGGCCUUCUUGCAAGUUUGACCACCCAAUGGGAAUGAGUUAUAGUUCAUCUUCUUCUUCUCUUGCUGAUAUGGCUGUUGCUCCUUACCCUGUGGGAUCUGCUGUUGGUACUUUGGCUCCAUCGUCCUCAUCUUCAGACUUGCGUCCUGAACUCAUAUCUGGAUCUGGCAGGGAUGGCUUCUCUACCCAAGUAUCUUCCAUGAGCGCCUCAAGCGGUUCAGUUGGUUCAAUGUUUUCAAAGGGUGGUCCUGCUUCUCAUUCUAGUGUUCAGCAAUCUGUACAGAGUUCUAAUCCUUCCAGUGGCAGCAGCAGCGCAGGCCAUGGAAGUGAGGCUCGCACAUCAAAUUGAGAGAAGAUUGAGUGAUCACAUUUUUUCUGUUGCUCAAUGAUCACAUGACGAGCACUUUAUUUUUGGUGAUAGUCCCUUUUAGGAGGAUUUUAUCCAAAUUAGUCAUCUUGCUUCUUUAAAUAUUCAGAUCUAGCACACACUCUAGUUCUGUCCACCUGUUGUUCAUAAGGCCACCUCUUUUCCUCAUUUCAAAUAAGUGAUAAUCCAUCCUUGAAAGGUCCAACUACCCUCAGUAGAGGUUUGUAGCUAGUUUCUGAAUAACAAGAAACAGACGUCACCUUCCAUCUUAGAAAUCUGCAACCAUGCCCCAAUUUUUGGACCUUGUUGUGGCUAUUUAUGCUGUAGUCUUUUUUAGGGAGCGAAAGCAUCCCUCCUACACUGUUGUCCUUUGAAAUUUGGCUGUCUUCACCUACCUACACCGUUUUCCUUCAAAAUUUGGCUGUCUUCACCUAUCCUCAUUAGUCCCCUCUUCAGAAUCGGAAUGAAUACCAAGGUCUUCUUUUCCCCCUGUUUCUGUUUGGGGCUUUAUUGUGAAGAAACAGUUGAACUUACAGAUUCUGAACCAGACAAUGUUUUAUUCUCUUUAUGGGAUAUUUAAUCAUACUUGUGUUGUAAUAUGGGGAAUUGCUCGAAUUUAUCAUCAAAUACAGUUGAAAAUACCAAGUAACAACUCUGACUUUGUAGAA